AUGACGGACGACCACCCCAAUCUUCAAUUUAGCUCGCUCGACGCCAUCUCCGGAAGCAUUUCCACCACCCGCAAGUCGUUCUUGGAGCACAAGACUCGCGAUGUCGAGUUCCGUCUCGUCCAGCUUCGCAAGCUCUACUGGGCAAUAAAGGACCAUGAGGCAGAUAUCAUCCGGGCCUGCGCUCAGGACUUGAGGAAGCCGCGUUUCGAGGCCGAAAUUGCCGAAAUCGACUGGCUGCUCAACGACAUCGUCUUUACUACUCGCAACCUUCAUAAGUGGGUGAAAGAUGAGAAAGCCCCUGAUAUCGACCUGCAGUUCAAGUUGAUGAGGCCCAAGAUUCGGAAGGAUCCUCUCGGUUGUGUGUUGGUGAUCGGCACUUUCAACUUUCCCUUCCAGCUGACCUUGGGCCCCGCUAUUGGGGCUAUUGCUGCGGGGAAUACUGUCGUUAUCAAGCCCUCCGAAAACGCACCCCAUAGCGCCGUUGUUAUACAAAAGAUCUGCGAGGCAUCCCUUGACCCCCUAUGCUACUCCGUUGUCCAAGGAGGUGUAUCCGAGACUCAGGCUUUAUUGGCCGAGCGCUGGGAUAAGAUCUUUUUUACAGGCGGUGCUAAUGUUGGCCGCAUUAUCGCCAAGGCAGCCGCACCUUACUUAACCCCUGUGGUCCUCGAGCUAGGCGGUAUCAACCCGGCUAUAGUCAGUAAGACAGCUGACCCACGCUUAGUUGCGCGCCGUAUGCUCUGGGGCAAAACGGUGAAUGCAGGUCAGCUUUGCACUUCACAAAAUUACCUGCUCGUCGAUAAAUCACUUGUGCCUCGGGUGGUAGAGGAAUUUGAAAAAGCUUAUAAGAUCUUCUACCCCCAGGGCGCUAAGAAGUCGCCGGACUACUCGCGCAUUAUCAACAAGGGCCAUUUUCAGCGCCUCAAGUCAAUGCUUGACAGUAGCAAGGGCAAGAUCCUGCUUGGCGGCACUAUAGAUGAGGAAGAGCUAUUCAUUGAGCCUACAGUUGUCUUAGUAAACUCUAUCGAGGACUCACUAUGCACAGAGGAGAGUUUCGGCCCUUUUAUUCCGAUUCUAUCCGUCGAGAACCUAGACGAGGCUAUCAGCCUCGCCAAUGGGGUGCAGAGUACCCCCCUUGGUCUAUAUCCUUUCGGCUCAAAGGCCGAUGUUGCUAAAAUCAUCUCCUCCACUCGGUCCGGCGGUGUCUCUUGUAAUGACGCUGCCCUACACAUCCCCACCUUACCUUUCGGUGGUGUCGGCGAAAGCGGCUACGGUGCUUACCGCGGUCGCUCCAGUUUCGACGUCUGGGUGCACCGACGGCCUAUCACUAGCAGCCCCAGCUGGCUCGAGUCUAUCCUUGCCGUCCGCUACCCACCAUACGCGGGUAAGCUGAGCAAGCUCAAGGCUGCCAGCACCCUAGUGCCGGACUUUGACCGCAGAGGCCAAAAGUUGACUCUCGGCUGGUUGCGCUAUAUCCUGACGCUUGGUAGUGGAAGCGGGAAGGCCGGUGCUGGACGUGCCCUUGUUAUCACUGCUAGUAAGUAG